CAGUCACAGUCCAACUGUGAGUGAGUAACGGCUUUUUUUCGGAACGUUGCAAUGGCGAGUCUCGCAGUUAUAAAUCAGGCUUCCGGGUUUGUCUCUCGUUGCAACGCACAGACCAAAAGCUCUGCAUCAGUGGUUUCUGUUCCUCUUUCCGGAGUCAAUUACAAGAAACAAAGUCGAGGCGGUUUACUGACUAUAAGAGCAGAAACCAUGGCGACCGAGAAGAUGGGGAUCAAGAUCGAAAAGAACCCUCCUGAAGCCAAACUCACUGAACUUGGAGUCAGAUCAUGGCCCAAGUGGGGAUGCCCUCCAAGCAAAUUCCCAUGGACAUAUGAUGCUAAGGAAACAUGCUAUCUGUUGAAGGGUAAGGUGAAAGUCUAUCCUGAUGGAUACAAUGACUUUGUUGAGUUUGGGGCUGGCGAUUUGGUUGAGUUCCCAAAAGGAAUGAAGUGCACCUGGGAUGUCUCUGAGGCUGUCGACAAGCAUUAUAACUUUGAAUAGUAGUGUACUGUCCAGGUUCAGUUCUGCUUCUGCAUAUUUGUAAAUGUAGUUUGGUAGCAGGCUACUGUGUAAUUUGAACUACAGUCACAUAUUUGGUUAGGACAUAGAUUUUACUUAAACAAGGUAUCAGAUAUCAAUACUUUCAUUGGGUAUAAUAUGUAUCCUGUUCUAUAGCCACAGAGACUGGCAUGUAACAUGGGUGGAAAGGGUUGGUGCCCAUUCCUUCCACACAUGCUGGUUGGUAUUGUCCAUAUCAUGCUAUACUAAGCCUGUUAUUGGUUGAUAUAUACUGUACAGCAUACAGGCCAAGUUCUGGGAGAAUGCUUUAUCAUCCUA